GCGCGCGGGGGCUGCGCGCUGCGAGGCGCUGCCGCGAUGGGGCCGCGGCUGCUGCUGGUGCCGCUCGGGUGCCUCGCGCUGCUGCUGCCGCCGCCCGGCGCCGCCGAGUUCAGCCCCUCCCUGGACAGCGACUUCACGUUCACGCUGCCCGCCGGCCGUAAGGAGUGCUUCUACCAGCCCAUGCGCAAGGAGGCCUCGCUGGAGCUCGAGUACCAGGUUCUAGAUGGAGCAGGAUUAGAUGUUGAUUUUCAUCUGCUCUCCCCAAAAGGUGAAACUCUAGUUUUUGAUGAAAGAAAAUCAGAUGGAGUUCAUACUGUGGAAACAGAAGAUGGGGAUUACAUGUUCUGCUUUGACAACACAUUCAGUACCAUUUCUGAAAAGGUGAUUUUCUUUGAAUUGAUCCUGGACAAUAUGGGAGAAGAUGGUCAAGAUGAGGAAGAUUGGAAGAAGUACGUUACAGGCACAGAUCUCCUAGACAUGAAGUUGGAAGAUAUUUUGGAAUCCAUCAACAGUGUCAAAGCCAGAUUAAGCAAAAGUGUCCAGAUUCAGACCCUGCUCAGAGCAUUUGAGGCUCGUGACCGAAACAUACAAGAAAGCAACUUUGACAGAGUGAAUUUCUGGUCCAUGGUCAACUUGGGAGUAAUGGUGGUGGUAUCAGCUGUUCAGGUUUACAUGUUGAAAAGUCUCUUUGAAGAUAAGAGGAAAAGUAGAACUUAAUAUUCAUUAAUGUUCAUAUUAUGAUCAUAACAAUAUAACAGGUAUGGGGGAGAAGGGAGCAAUAAACUACAGUAAAGACAAUAGAGACCUUUCAGAUUCUUUUGAGCAGACAGUAAAAAUCAGGUUUUCAAUUCAUAUUGGGCUUUUUGGAUGUGAUAGUGCUGGUCUUGUUUGUGUUUGGGGGUUUUCUGUUGUUUUUUGUGGUAGUUGGUUGGGUUUUUUUUAAACAUGAACAUCAUGCAUCUUGCCAAGCUCUCCCAGUUUUCCAAAUGCUACUAACUAUUUUUUGUACUUGUAGGAUUUGUUAAUGAUUGUUAAUUCUUAUCUUAUGCAUAGCACACUUGGUGCAUAUGCAAAGUAAUAUUAAUAUAACUGUCAUUAUCUUCAUUUUCACAUGAAAGUUUAAGUAGUAACUUAGACAUUGGUUUAGUUGCUGUUAAAUACUGAGUGAAUUUACAUGUGCAUAAGUUUACAGGAUUGGUUGUUACUGUCAUUUUUCUUCAAAGUUAUAUGUUUUUUAAAAUCCUAAGUUUUUGUUCUUUGGUAUCAUGGAGAAACACUGGGCUAACUAUGUAAGAACAUGACAUCUCCUUUUAUAACAGAUGACUAAUAUCAGCACUUUAAAAAAAGCACCAUCAAUGUGAAAUUGAGGCAGUUUUGAAAAACAAUUGGAGAAAAUAGAUACAAUUCCUGUUCAAAAAUCCUUCUGUUCUGUAGUUCCAAAAUCCUGUUGGCUUUGUUUUCCUUUUUGGCUGUUACAUGGGACAAGUGACUAUGUGGUAUGCAAAUAAAUAGAGGCACAGUUUGAAGUAUGACUUGCAAAUUCUUAGUUACUGUAACCUCCUGUAAUAGAUAAUUAUUUAAAAAGUAAUUUCUCAUGGUUUUUUCCUUUUAUUAAAGGCAGGGGGUGUUCAUGGUAUGCCAAAACAAGCAUUGAUUGUUGUAGUGUCAAAAUCCCUCUUCUUUUCCACUUUAUUCCAACCAUGACUAAUGUUACAGUCAGGUGACUUACAUAGGCCUAUAAAACCAAAGCUGUUCACCUAAACUUUCCCUUUUUGCUCAUCCUCACAAGUCUUUCAGCUGUGUAAGUACAUUCUUCAUAAAACCCAUGUUUCUGUACGUAGCUGUUCAUCUGAAUAAGGCACAAAUCACAGGGGCAGUAAGUACAGGCCUCAAGUUUUAUGAUCAACUGAGUAUGUAGUACCACUAUCACUAAGCCAAAGCUAAUACCAAAUCAGAAAUGUAUAAUAUCUAGGUAAGUGGCUUUUAACAGUGUAGUGAGGGUAUAGAGUUUUUGCCAAAACCCCUGGUGCGUGAGAAUUAACUUUUUUUAAGUAGUUUCAAGUUAGUACUUCUUACAAUGUGCCAAGUCAUUGGAAUUUCUUGUAUAAAUGUGUUAACUGCAUUUCAUCAUAAGAGUUUUUUAAAAACUUUAUUAAAAACACUUUUUUAAAAAGUAUUUUAAAAACAGUAUAUGUAAUAGUGUUGUGCCUGUUGUGGGGUCAUCUGUAUGAAUGGCAGAGUUGCAACUUGGAGACUUUCUGUGAUUAAAUAGUGUUUUAUGAAUAAAAACAGGGUCAAUAGUGCAUUGAAGAAAUAUAUUGUUCAAAUGAAACAGAUGCUUGCAAGGGCUACAGAACAUCAAAAAAGCACUUCAGCUUCAAUUUCAGAGAAGAGGACCUAGCAAUAAUAUUUCUAAAUAGUUUUUAUAAGUAAAAUAAUAAUUAUUAUUAUUACAGAACUUGUUAUAGAUGGCUCCAAAGGCUGUUGAGCUACUUCAUCUUUCUGCAAAACUGUGUCCAAAAUAAGACUGUACCCCUUUAAGGUUUUGUGUAUCUUACUUCCAUGUGAUGCUUUCUGUUCUAAGCUGCCUGGAAGUAGAAAGCUUAUUUCUGUGAUAAGAACAAUAUCUAGGAAAAAAAUAAUUGUUUCAACUAGAGUAGCAAAUGUUUUCCUGCCACUUCCCUAUCCCUCUCCCAGUAGCACCAUGUUGUUACCUUUGCUUGCAUCACCAUGUGUGAUGCUCCAAACCAUCUGCAAAAUGCUGAACCAGCUCUGGGAAGCUGUGACUAAGACAUCUACCUCUGCUCUCCAAGCUACUAGAGUCAGGAUUUCAGCUUAGAACUCCAACAGAUAAGCUCUGCCAAGUUUGCCAAGGGCACCUUAAGGGAUUGGUUUCCCCAGCUGCUCUGCUGUGCCUCUGUAGCUACACAUCAGUGGCAAAACCCUUUGGUGUCCCAGUUUAACCUGCUAUUGAUGCAGCCUGCUCUGAUCAGAGUGCUGCAGUUCAGUGUCUCCCGUUACAAACGGCGAUCUCCGGGAGAAGGAAAAUGCAACAAUCGGCAGCAGAGUUCAUCUGGAAGAAAUUAUUGUUCUGCAGCUAAGAGCUCUGACUGUAUUUGCUCUUCAUUCAAGGUCCACUAUUGAAAAUGAAAAGAGGGAAUAAUUAGAAAGGUUCAUUGACUUUGGCAACUGGAAUAUGUUUAUGAUAGGUGAAGGAUUUGGCAUUCAAACUUGCAGUGAAGUAACAUUGUACUUGGAUUUUGAAGAGUAGAUUGCUUUCAACUGUAUAAAAUUUACAAAAGAGAAUAUAAAUUACGUUUUUUUUCUUAAUGGACUUUUUCUUCAGAAUUAAAUGUUUUAAGACUUGCAGAUGUUGAAUAAUUAUGCAAAACUGAGAUUUUCAAUAAAUCAAGUUUAAACCUG